UUAUGUAUAUAAGAGUCCUUAUUAAAAUGAGAUGAACACCACAAAACUUAGAGAAAAGAAGAAGAGAAUCAUUGAAAAGUUGUUAGCAGCAAUGUCAUCAUCAAUUGGCUCUAUUCUCACGAUGGUUCUGUUGGUUUUGGUUUUCGCAGCAGGAAUAAAUCUCAAGUUUGGUAAUGGACAAGAUCAAGAACAAUAUUGGUGUGUGGCUAAACCUUCAGCCAGUGAGAAAGAGCUGCUGUUAAACAUUGAAUACGCUUGCAACAAUUUGGGUGAUUGCAAAUUGAUUCAGCCAGGAGGAUCCUGCUUUAAUCCAGAUACACUAGUGUUCCAUGCAUCUGUGGUUAUGAAUCAGUAUUUUGCAAAGAAUCAAAGAACCAAUUCCAGCUGCUAUUUUGGAAACACUGGUCUCAUUGUUUAUGAUCCAAUCUCAAGUGGAGGACGACAGGAUUGCGUGUUUGCUUAAGUGCUUGAAGAUAUACAUAGAUUCUAAUACGUUUAUACCACUUUUAUGUUUAAUUUAAACAAAUAUUCCUAAUUAAUGCCAUAAGAACUUAUGAUUUUAUUUGCUACCUGUGUGUCUCUGUAUUUGAAGAACUGAUAAUGAAUAAAGUUUUUAUUUGCUA